AGAGUUUGGCCAUAGUGUUCCUUCUGUAUUUCACACACAUUCUGCGCUCGCUAGCUCUCGCGCUCGCUCUCUCUUUCACACACACACGCGCGCACAGACACACACACGCCCGCCCGGGCCCCUCUCGGAGUGUCUUCCUUCAAGAUGACAGGGCGCUGGAGAAAAGGCUGCUGGAAUCAGCUGGUGAAAGCCCAGCCUCUGCGGUUCUUAAUGCCCCAGCAGGAUUAUUUUCACUAAAGAUGGAAACACUGGAGUCUGAAUUGACCUGUCCAAUCUGCCUAGAAUUGUUUGAAGACCCCCUUCUGCUCCCUUGUGCCCAUAGCCUCUGCUUCAGCUGUGCCCAUCGAAUCUUGGUCUCGAGCUGCAGCUCUGGUGAAUCCAUUGAACCCAUUACCGCGUUCCAGUGUCCGACGUGCAGGUAUGUUAUCUCGCUGAACCACCGGGGCCUGGACGGCCUCAAGAGGAAUGUGACUCUGCAGAACAUUAUUGAUCGCUUCCAGAAGGCUUCUGUCAGUGGGCCCAAUUCCCCAAGUGAGAGCCGCCGGGAGAGGACUUACAGGCCCACCACUGCCAUGUCUAGUGAGCGAAUUGCUUGCCAAUUCUGUGAGCAGGACCCGCCAAGGGAUGCCGUGAAAACAUGCAUCACCUGUGAGGUCUCCUACUGUGACCGUUGCCUGCGGGCCACACACCCCAACAAGAAACCUUUCACCAGCCACCGCCUGGUGGAGCCAGUGCCAGACACACAUCUUCGAGGGAUCACUUGCCUGGACCAUGAGAAUGAGAAAGUGAACAUGUAUUGUGUAUCUGAUGACCAAUUGAUCUGUGCCUUAUGCAAACUGGUGGGACGUCACCGAGACCAUCAGGUCGCAUCCCUGAAUGACCGAUUUGAGAAACUCAAGCAAACUCUGGAGAUGAACCUCACCAACCUGGUUAAGCGCAACAGCGAACUAGAAAAUCAAAUGGCCAAACUCAUACAAAUCUGCCAGCAAGUUGAGGUGAAUACUGCUAUGCAUGAGGCAAAACUUAUGGAAGAAUGUGACGAGUUGGUAGAGAUCAUCCAGCAGAGGAAGCAAAUGAUUGCUGUCAAAAUCAAAGAGACCAAGGUAAUGAAGCUGAGAAAGUUGGCACAGCAGGUUGCUAAUUGCCGCCAGUGUCUUGAACGGUCAACAGUCCUCAUCAACCAAGCCGAACAUAUCCUGAAAGAAAAUGACCAGGCACGGUUUCUCCAGUCUGCAAAAAAUAUCGCUGAGAGGGUCGCUAUGGCAACAGCAUCUUCUCAAGUUCUAAUUCCAGACAUCAAUUUUAAUGAUGCCUUUGAAAACUUUGCUUUAGAUUUUUCCAGAGAAAAGAAACUGCUGGAGGGGCUAGAUUAUUUAACAGCCCCAAACCCACCUUCUAUCCGAGAGGAACUCUGUACUGCUUCCCAUGACACCAUUACAGUCCACUGGAUCUCGGAUGAUGAGUUCAGCAUCAGCUCCUAUGAGCUUCAGUACACCAUAUUCACUGGCCAGGCUAACUUCAUCAGUAAGUCAUGGUGUAGUUGGGGCCUGUGGCCAGAGAUAAGGAAAUGUAAGGAAGCAGUAAGCUGCUCAAGAUUGGCCGGGGCGCCACGAGGCCUGUAUAAUUCAGUGGAUAGUUGGAUGAUUGUGCCCAACAUUAAACAGAACCAUUACACAGUGCAUGGACUUCAGAGUGGGACGCGCUACAUCUUCAUCGUUAAAGCCAUAAACCAAGCAGGCAGCCGGAACAGUGAACCUACCCGACUAAAAACAAAUAGCCAACCCUUUAAACUCGAUCCCAAAAUGACUCACAAGAAGUUGAAGAUUUCUAAUGAUGGGCUGCAGAUGGAGAAGGAUGAAAGCUCUCUGAAGAAGAGCCAUACCCCAGAGAGGUUUAGUGGCACAGGGUGCUAUGGGGCAGCAGGAAAUAUAUUCAUUGACAGUGGCUGCCACUACUGGGAGGUGGUCAUGGGGUCCUCAACAUGGUAUGCAAUUGGCAUUGCCUACAAAUCUGCUCCCAAGAACGAAUGGAUUGGCAAGAAUGCCUCCUCAUGGGUCUUCUCUCGAUGCAAUAGUAACUUUGUAGUGAGGCAUAACAACAAGGAAAUGCUGGUGGAUGUCCCGCCACAGUUGAAGCGCCUGGGUGUCCUUCUGGAUUAUGACAACAACAUGCUGUCUUUCUAUGACCCAGCUAACUCUCUCCAUCUUCAUACUUUUGAUGUGACCUUCAUUCUUCCAGUUUGUCCAACAUUCACAAUCUGGAACAAAUCCCUAAUGAUCCUGUCUGGCUUGCCUGCCCCAGAUUUUAUUGAUUACCCUGAGCGGCAAGAAUGUAACUGCAGGCCUCAAGAAUCCCCUUAUGUUUCUGGGAUGAAAGCUUGCCAUUAAGUUUCAAGAGAGCAUAGAAUUCAUAGCUCUCCAGUUUGGCAGUCUUCCCCUCCUAAACCUCAGUUAGUGUCCAAUACACAAGAUACAAAAUAAAGUUCAUCUGAAGCAUCCAAAAAUAA